UUGAAUCCGCCGCUGCUGUUGCGAGAACAGAAAGAUGUCAAUGGUCCGCGCAGAGGUAACGAACGGCGACGCUUGACAGCCGGAUUGGAUUGUCGAGUAGAAACUGUAAAGCGCAUUGUCAAAUCAAAUAUAGGGCGACAGACGGCGCACUGUUAUGAAAACAGGUCACUAGUCCCGCCGAAGUGAAAGCCGCGUUCUUCUUCCGCCUCUUCCUCGGAUAACUUCGCUAGCCGCCGAGCUAGCGCGCUGCUAGCAGCUGCUCGGCACACAAAGAAACCAGAAAGGACGACUUGGUCGCCGAUUUACGGCGCGCUCUUGAAUGAAGACGGUGCCCAGCUUACAGCUGACAAACAAAAAGCCUGUUUGUGACUCUCCACCCUGCAUCCACCCGCAGCGUGAUCAUGGUGCUGACUGGCAAGCGUUCUGAGAAAGGACCCGCCCGCUGGAAGAGGAGAGUCAAGUCUGAGUACAUGAGGCUGCGCCAGCUCAAGCGCUUCAGGCGGGCUGACGAGGUCAAGAGCAUGUUCAACAGCAACCGCCAGAAGAUCCUGGCGCGCACUGACAUCUUAAACCAGGAGUGGAAGACCCAGUGUAUCCAGCCCGUCCACAUCAUGACGUCUGUCGGCUCGCUCAGAGGCACACGAGAGUGCACAGUGGACAGCAGCUUCUCAGAGUUCCCCCGCCAGGUCAUCCCCCUGAAGACCCUCAAUGCCGUGGCCUCCAUCCCUGUCAUGUACUCGUGGUCGCCACUGCAGCAGAACUUCAUGGUGGAGGAUGAGACGGUGCUAUAUAACAUUCCCUACAUGGGGGACGAGAUACUGGACCAGGACGGCACCUUCAUUGAGGAGCUUAUCAAGAACUACGACGGAAAAGUCCACGGAGACAGAGAGUGCGGCUUCAUCAAUGACGAGAUCUUUGUGGAGUUGGUCAGCUCAUUGGCUCAGUACAGCGACAACGAGGAGGACGAGGAGGAAGAGCACGACUUCAAGAUGGAGAAGAUGGACGCCACCUGCGAGCACCCGGACCACGCGCACACCAAUGAGGGCCGAGCCGACGACAUUGGCAGCAAGAAGUUUCCGUCGGACAAGAUCUUUGAAGCCAUCUCCGCCAUGUUCCCCGACAAAGGUUCCACAGAAGAGCUGAAAGAGAAGUACAAGGAGUUAACGCAGCAGCAGCUUCCCGGCGCGUUGCCUCCCGAAUGCACGCCCAACAUCGAUGGUCCCAACGCUCGCUCGGUGCAACGCGAGCAGAGCCUGCACUCGUUCCACACGCUCUUCUGCAGACGCUGCUUCAAGUACGACUGCUUCCUUCAUCCGUUCCACGCCACACCCAACACGUACAAACGCAAGAAUCUGGAGAACCUGGAGGACAACAAGCCUUGCGGCGCGGACUGUUACAUGCACCUGCUGCAGGACGGCGUGGCAAGCGAGUACGCCAGCGGACUGGGUGCGGCGGAGCGCGCCAAGACGCCUUCCAAGCGCACGACUGGGCGUCGCCGCGGACGUCUGGCCAACAGCCGGCCCGGGACGCCCACCGCCCUCUCCUCGGAGACCAAAGACACGGACAGCGAACGCGAGGGCGGCAAAGACGACGACGACGACGACAAGAAGGACGACAACAGCGGCAGCAGCUCGGAGGGCAACUCUCGCUGUCAGACACCCGUCAAGCUCAAGCUCCACCUUCCCGCUGAGUCGCUGGAGUGGAGCGGCGCCGACGCAUCGCUCUUCCGGGUACUCAUCGGCACCUACUACGACAACUACUGCGCCAUCGCCAGACUCAUCGGAACCAAGACGUGUCGCCAGGUAUACGAGUUCCGGGUGAAAGAGUCGAGUAAUAUCGCGCGCGCUCCCGCCGAAGAUGAGGACACUCCCCCUAGGAAGAAGAAGCGCAAGCAUCGACUUUGGGCCACGCACUGUAGGAAAAUCCAGCUCAAGAAAGACGGUUCGUCCAAUCACGUGUACAACUACCAGCCGUGCGACCACCCCAGACAACCCUGCGACUCGUCUUGUCCGUGCGUCACCGCCCAGAACUUCUGUGAGAAAUUCUGCCAGUGCAGCUCAGAGUGCCAGAACCGAUUCCCGGGUUGCCGGUGCAAAGCUCAGUGUAACACCAAGCAGUGUCCGUGCUACCUGGCCGUCAGGGAGUGCGAUCCCGACCUUUGCCUCACCUGCGGCGCCGCCGAGCACUGGGACAGCAAGAACGUCUCUUGCAAGAACUGCUCCAUCCAGAGGGGCGCCAAGAAGCACCUCCUGCUGGCGCCGUCCGACGUGGCGGGUUGGGGCAUCUUCAUCAAGGAGCCAGUCCAGAAGAACGAGUUCAUCUCGGAGUACUGCGGCGAGAUCAUCUCCCAGGAUGAAGCGGACCGCAGAGGCAAAGUGUAUGACAAAUACAUGUGCAGCUUCCUCUUCAACCUCAACAACGACUUUGUUGUUGACGCCACCCGCAAAGGCAACAAGAUUCGAUUCGCCAACCACUCCGUCAACCCAAACUGCUACGCCAAAGUCAUGAUGGUGAACGGCGACCACAGGAUCGGCAUCUUCGCCAAGCGCGCCAUUCAGACCGGGGAGGAGCUCUUCUUUGACUACAGGUACAGCCAAGCGGACGCUCUCAAGUACGUCGGCAUUGAGCGCGAGAUGGAGAUCGCCUGAGACACACACACAGACGGCAACACGCGCACGCACACACCAACUAUCAUCAGGAUGACCGUCAGCUUGUCUGAAAAACAUUUCAGGAAGAUUUGUAGCGCCUUUUUGUUCUGUUAAAGGUGCGGGGGGGGGCGACAUUCGUUUUCUCAAACUUUCAGGGACCAAAGUUGGCACCGUCAGGCUCGAGUUGUUGUGGCGCACGGCACUCGAAGCGUUUAAUGGUGUCGUCCAACACCUCAGCAACAUUUUACCUUUUUAGCAUUGUGGCGUCUAGCCAGAAAAUACAUUUCUUGACAGUGAACUCUAGUGGCGUCGAGUGAGCGACAAAACUCUGGCAAACAAACUUGAGUUUUUAAUUUAAAAAUGAAAGUUAAGAAUUUUUUAACCCAAUGAAAACCAAAUGACCUGAAUGCAGUUUUCAGCAUUUAAUCCAUAUCCUUAAUAAGGAGGCUAAAUGUAUGUCACACAUGCCUAUUAGUUGAACCGAGCUGCUAAUAGUACAGUGCAGUAGUUUACCCGAUGACGCCAUGAGGCCUUUUUUUUUAAAAAAGGUAUGGCUAGAAGCUCGUUUAAAAAAAAAAAAAAAAAAAAUGCUAACCUAACUUAUGUGGUGCAUCAUUCUCCAAUGCCUUUCUGCCGAUUGUAUGGCGAACGUCCUUAUUUAUUGGAGAUCAGUCCAUGACUUGCCAGCAACUUCUGCUUGGACUGCUCCCCAACACUUUUUGUUGCUUUUGUCCCGCAGGUCAUAAUGAUCCAUUCGGAUUUUGCGCUCAACUUCCGUUUUGUGUCAGCGUUGAAAUUACGUAUGUCCCCAAAGUGACAGUCAUCCAUCAAAACUACUUUGCAGAUUCACGUAGUCAAUGUCCCUCGCAAGCGGUCUGUCAAGCGUAUGACAGCCACUCGGACUGCGGUUACACUGCAAAAAAUCCCAUGUUGACUUGGACCUUGAACACAGCGUUGUCAAUCCUCAUUAGCUGCUUGUCCAAUAGUUGACAUUUUUCCCCCCAAUACUCCAAAUUAAGUCACUGCCACUGAAUCUGAACCGCGUUUGACACCAUUGUUUUUGUUGUGUUUUUGGACACGAGUGUGGUGCUAGAACGAUGUGACCCUGACCUGCUGCCUGAUCUGCUUCCUGCAUAAUAACGCGACUGAACAGUCCACCUUCAGGGCCACUCACAACUUUUUCCUGGCAUUCUUUCUUAAGAUAUAAGUGUUUGUGACAUCAAUAUCCUGGGGUAAUGUCACAUGUUUACAAAUCAAAGUUGCUGUUUGUCCGUGUCUGCGGUCAACAAGGAGAGCCAAUCAACAGCAAGCCCACAGGGUUCAUAUUCCAUUCUUUCAUUUUCCCACCCAGUGUCGGUAAGCUGCUGACUUUGUUUACGUGAAUUUUGUUUUUAUGGCUGAACAAUAAACUUUCCCAAAGUGCUUAUU